AUGAGACGAGGAAGAGAAUUUUUGUUUGAUGGAGGUGGACAUGAUGAAGAACGCAGAUUGUGCGCUUAUGUGUGGCCAUUGUCUCAAGAGAUGGAUGAGUUAAGGCAAGGUGUUGGUGGUGGCGGAUCCCACCUCAAGCAUGGGCUUCCAUCACAAGAGAAGCAAACUUUGUGCCAUGGUGCAUCUGAUGUUGUGGCUGAUAAUGAAGUGGAGUUGGUCCUGGAUUAUUGGUUGUUCAAGGUUGAAGCUAUUGUGUGA